UUCCGUACGCAUGUAUGUACGCCCUUGCAGUCGUCAUCGCGAUUGUUUCACGUUUGUCGUUUAUUUACGUUAGGCGGGCUAAGACGCGCGAAAUGCUCGUGGCGCGAGUGACGAAAUGACACGCAAUAGCUGGUCCGUAUAAUGAUAAUAAAUGUCAGGCACUGGAGGAAAGAGUCAUAAAACUACCGUUCUCACUGUACGAUGAAAGCAGUCGCAUCAGUCGGACUAAGAUGUCUAGCACCGGCCUGCCACAUUUCUCCGUCGGAAAGAUAGUCAAGGGGUUUGGACGCGGAUCCAAGGAACUGGGCAUUCCGACUGCAAAUUUCCCAACCGAAGUUGUACAGAAUCUACCCCCCGAGAUCGGUACUGGUAUUUAUUAUGGAUGGGCAUCCGUCGACAGAGGGGAUGUACAUAAGAUGGUAAUGAGCAUAGGGUGGAACCCAUUUUUCCAAAAUACUCAGAAGUCGAUGGAAACGCACAUAAUCCAUAAAUAUCCUGGGGAUUUGUAUGGAUUGGAGUUGAGGGUCGUGAUACUCGGGUUUUUGAGGCCUGAAGCAGACUUUACUUCCAUCGAGGAUCUUAUAGCUGAAAUAAAAGGAGAUAUCGAAAAUGCCAAAAAGUGUCUUGAUGAACCAGAGAUGGCAGCCUACAAGACGCACACUUUUUUUACAGAUCCGGCUUCGAACACGUUAGGUUGAGAUAUGACUCUCAUUCGCUGUAGGCACUUGUGUGCGUAAAGAAAUAUAGUCAAAAAUGUGAAGUGUAAUGCACUUGAUCGUUCAAAUUUGCACAAGAUGUGUUGACGCAAUAAUUUUACAGUUUUAAUCGCUCGACAGGAACACAUGUGGUUCAACAUUUGUAAAUUAAUAAUUCAGAUAUUCAAGCUGCCUUUUUAAAAGAUACAAUUAUUUAUCCCGUUAUGAACGGAUGCAGCCAUUAUUUUUCAUUGACGUAAUUUGACAAAAUUCG